GAGCCACUAAUUGGACUGAAAUUCAGUGGAAACAAAAGCCCUGGCUAGAAAAUUCCAGCCCUGGUUUUACAGGGUCUGCUUUGUUGCCGCAGUGUUUGUUCUCUACUGCUGUGUUAACAGUUAUCUUUUCUGUGGUGGCCUCUCCCCACCCUUCCACACAGUGCAUGAAAUGUUCCUCAGCACAAACCCGUCCAGAGCCACCGUGGCACAGUACAGGCGAUGCUCCAUUCUGCACAGGACACCAUCCAGACACCAGGAGUGGCCCAACAGCUGCCUCGCAACCAUGUUCCCACACAGCUUUGACUACAACCAGCCGAUGAGAAAGCGUUGAGUAGAAGGAGACAUGAUGGGACAGUUCCCGGAGGAUGUGGUGGGUGGCUUCACCACAGAGGAACUGGAAUGCAAGAUCUGCUACUGUGCUUACAGCCUGUCAAGUCGACGGCCCAAGGUCCUUGAGUGCUGCCAUUGUCUUUGUGCCAAGUGCCUUGCAAAAAUCCUUGAUUUAGGUGAAUCCUCUCCAAACGCAGUGGUCUGUCCAUUCUGCCGCUACAUCACAGACCUUCCUGGAGAAGAUGUGGACAGUCUACCAGAUGAGGAUAACUUGGUGCUGGCACUGCUGUCCAUCCAGACACAGAAGCAUCAGAACCUUAAUGGCAACCAAGGCGAGAUUCUCCUCAGUCCCAGACGCCUCAACUCUCUGGUGGGACACUCUGCCUCAGCUUCUCCCACCUCGAUUCGUUCCAAUUACGUGGUGAUCACCAUUAUGGAGCCUCGGCAGGAGUCUGUUAUUCCAGUUCGGGGUAGGGAUUACCGCUCUUCCAGCCAGGACUCCAUGGCCUCGGUUACUCAGAGAUGGACAGUGUGGAACUGUGCGGCCCUGCUGUGCCAGACUUCAGCACGCGUCCUGGUCUGGCUGCUGGGGCUGCUGUACUUCAGCUCGCUGCCUCUAGGGGUCUAUCUGCUAAUCAUGCAGAAUACCACGAUGGGGGUGUUAAUGGUCAGUCUGGUACCUGUCAGUCUUCUCAUCGUUAUGGUGUACGGCCUUUGCCAAUGCCUGUGCCGUGAGUUUUGGGACUGUGUACUACCAUAAUGACCAAAGCAAAAAGUGUAACUGUUAUGUGUGGAUAUACGAUGAUUGGAUGGUCCUGCCAGUUUGUGGAAACUCAUGAAUUUUCCAGUUUAUUGGAUAAACAGUGUACACUUAACUGAAAAACAAACAAUAAAAUUGCACAGAUUUAAUUUAGUAGGGUAUCAUACAAAUCAAUGUCAUGUUAUAAUGCCUAAAAAUAGUAUCCACCUCAACAAAAUAAUCUUUUUUUAUAACCGUCUGAUUGUGGAAUGUGCCUUUUCCUGGAGUGGCUGAAAUGGACAGAUCAAUAAUCAUGUCCUCUCUAGGCUUGCUGAUGUACUUUUUCUCUGUCUGAAUGAUUAACAUACAAUAACUUUUACAAUAAGGUCCAUAAUUGGUUAAUGGAUCAACUAAUAUCAAUUAACAAUGAGCAAUAUAUAUGUUACACACAGUGUUUAUUAAUCCUUGUUAAUGUUAGUUGAUACAAAUACAACUGUUAGCUCAUGUUCAUGUGCAUUAAAUAAUAUUAACAGACACACUUUUGAUUUAUUGUGUAAAUGUGGAAUUUCAUAAGAUAAAUGAAGUAAUAUUAAUUAACUAAAAUUGCAUAACAAAGAUUAAUAACGAAUGCGGUUAACUAAUGUUAACCUCACUGUAAAGUGUUACAGAUUAUUGCAAUAUAAGGCCCUUAACUACAACAUCUCAUACUGAAUCAUGGGUAGGACACAUAUUUUAAUAUUUUAAUCAUGUUUAUUAGUUCGACUUUUCCAUGUUUUUCUUGGAACACAAAUGCAUGUGAAGAAUGAACAUGUCUGAACAUGUUUAAGAACCUAAUCUGCAUAUGUUUUUAUACUUUUUUGUGUAAACAAACAAGUUUUGUACAGAAAACGCCACUAUUUACAUUUUUAUAUAAAGAAAUUGUAUAUAUUGUGUUUCAUAAAACUUUUGAUGCUACUUAAACAAGAUUAAAUGCACUGA